GAAGCGGCCUCCAAGAUGGCGGCCAAAAUUAUCGUAUCGAUAGAAAAGGGGGACUUUUAGUCGAUUGAGCGGUGUUUUGUUUUUCUUUGGAAAUAUCUACAAGUUGACAUAGAGUGCCGAUACUUUGAUUUGUAAACAGCUGUCAGGAAAAAACGGGUACAAAAGAUGUCCCAGCAGCCACCUUCUGGACGAGCACGUGGGAGGGCCCGCGGGAGGGCGCGCGGUGCGGUGGAGGAACCCCCUCGCCGUCCGGGCGCAGGGGUAGCCCCCUCGGCGGCGGCACCCCCUCCUGUCGCCACAGCCCCGCCGGCCAGCGGCCGCGGUCGUCAGAGGAGAUGGGUGACGGCCAGGGCUCCGGGAGCUCCCCCAACCUCCCAGCUCGAGGCCCUGUCUCUCGGAGAGAAGGGAGCGGGCGCAGCACCCGCCGCCCAGCCGUUCGGACGGCGCAGGAGGGGUGACGUAGUCAUCGAGGAACCCCACACUCGCCCUGCCCACGUCCAGGACAAAAAAGGCUCCACGGGCCACCCCGUCCCCUUGGUGACCAACUUCUUCCGUGUGAGUUCGACCCCCUCCUGGGCGCUUUACCAGUACAACGUGAGCUUUGCGCCGGAGAUUGACUACCGAGGCGUGCGGAUCUCCAUGGUGAAGGAACACAUCGAGCUGAUCGGGGAGACGUACGCCUUCGACGGGAUGAUCCUCUUCCUGCCCAAACGCCUGGAGCAGAGGGAGACGGUGCUGUUUUCCGAGCGACGCAACGACGGCGCCAACAUCAAGAUCACGAUCACGCUGACCAACGAGCUUCCGCCGACCUCGCCGACGUGCAUCCAGCUGUACAACAUCCUGUUCCGCAAGGCUCUGCACGAGAUCGGCAUGCAGCAGAUCGGGCGCAACAACUACAACCCCGACAUGGCCGCAUACGUGCCGCAGCACAAACUGGAGGUGUGGCCGGGGUUCGUGACCUCCAUCCUGCAGUACGAGGCCAACGUGAUGUUGAUGGCGGACGUCUCCCACAAGAUCCUGCGCACCGACACCGUGCUGGACUUCCUGUACGACCUGUACAACAAGACGCAGCACAGCUUCCACGAGAACGCAACCAAGAAGCUCGUGGGAGAGAUCGUGCUCACAAGGUACAACAACAAGACGUACCGUAUUGACGACAUUGACUGGGAACAGAACCCUCAGAACAAGUUUAAGAUGUUUGACGGUACCGAGAUGUCUUACGUGGAGUACUACGCCAAGCAGUACAACAAGACGGUCAGAGACAUGGACCAGCCUCUGCUUGUCAGCCGUCCCAAGAAGAAGGUGCAGAAGGGAGGCAAGCCUAUGGAGGGUCCGCUGUACCUCCUGCCGGAACUCUGCACCCUCACAGGCCUGACGGAUGAGGGUCGUGCGGACUACCAUGUGAUGAAGGACAUCGCCAUCCACACCCGCCUCACGCCAGACAAGAGGAACGACACUCUGCAGACCUUUAUCAACACCCUCAACAAGAACGAGAAGGUCCAGAAGGACAUGAAGGGCUGGGGUCUGUCGUACGACAAGACUCUGCUGAAGCUGGAGGGACGUGUCAUGCCGCCGGAGAAGAUCUGGCAGCGCAGUGGAUCUUGCAACUACAAGCCGCAGGAUGCAGACUGGGGGAAGGAGAUGCGCGGGCAGCAGCUGAUCUCGUACGUUCCCAUGCAGAACUGGCUCUUCAUCUUCCCCCAGAGGAACUCUUCGCAGGCCCAGGACUUCCUGCAGGCUCUGGUCAGGGUGGGGCCGCCCAUGGGCAUGAACAUCAACAAACCCAUCAUGUGUGAGAUCCGGGAUGAUCGCACAGACAACUACCUCCGCACCAUGAGGGAGCAGAUGAACGACAAAACACAGAUGGUGGUGUGCCUGCUGUCGUCCCAGCGUAAGGACAGGUACGACGCGAUCAAGAAGUUCUGCUGUGUGGACCACCCCGUGCCCAGCCAGGUCAUCGUGAGUCGCACGCUCAACAAGAAACAGAUGCUGAUGUCUGUGGCCACCAAGAUCGCCCUGCAGCUCAACUGCAAACUGGGAGGGGAGCUGUGGGCCGUGGAGAUCCCGCUGAAGAGCAUGAUGGUCGUUGGCAUCGACUGUUACCACGACUCGGCCACGAAGGGCCAGUCCAUCGGCGGGGUGAUCGCGUCUAUGAACAACUCGCUGACCCGCUGGUACUCCCGCUGCACCUUCCAUCACUCGGGACAGGAGCUCAUCGACGGGCUCAAGGUCUGCCUGCAGGCUGCACUGAAGAAGUUCUACGAGUUGAACUCUAACCUCCCGGACCGCGUGAUCUUCUACCGCGACGGCGUGGGUGACGGACAGCUGGGCGCGGUCUUGGAACACGAGAUUCCGCAGGUGCUGGACACGUUCAAGAACUUGGGCGCCGACUACAAGCCGAAGGUGGCGUGGAUCGUGGUGAAGAAGCGAAUCAACACCCGCUUCUUCGCCCAGGCCGGGCGCGGACUGCAGAACCCCGCUCCUGGAACCGUGGUGGACACAGAGGUCACCCGACCAGAGUGGUAUGACUUCUUCCUGGUGUCCCAGUCGGUGCGGCAGGGAACGGUGACUCCCUGCCACUACAACGUGGUGUGGGACACGUCCGGCCUCAAGCCUGACCACAUGCAGAGGCUCACCUACAAACUCUGCCACCUCUACUACAACUGGCCGGGCACCAUCCGAGUGCCCGCCCCGUGCCAGUACGCCCACAAGCUGGCCUUUCUGGUGGGCCAGAGCAUCCACAAGGCCCCGUCCCUCAACCUGGCCGACCGCCUCUACUUCCUGUAGGUCACAGGUCACGACCCUGGGCAAGGGUCGGGGGUCGGGGGUCAGGUCGAAAGUCAGAUGCCCAGGCAGCUUAUGUUCCUGUUCGCGUUGUUUUGUAGGCAGUUUAGUAGAGUUAGGAUGGUCCGUUGACCACUAGUAAUCAUGGUAUUCUUGCGAAAGAGACGUCUGUGCUUAUUACUAGAGAAGGCUAUGCAGAAAAGUUAACUAACAAGGGGAAGCUUGUCGAUGACAGUUCAAACUUGAUAUGAAGGAGAGUUGAAGCCACAGUAUUGAAGAGAUGACAUCAAAGGUGCAAAGGUCCCUUCUGGCACAACAUACUUAAAUAUCUCCACUUGAUUCCAAAUUCCUAGUGCCUUAAUAGUGACUGGUGUUAGCUUUUUUUCUUCUUUAGUUCACUCUUAAAUUUGUCUCAAGUUAACAUUCCCGCACCUUUAGGUGUUUGUUCUUCUGAUGUGACCAGAGAAAAAGCUUCAUUUAAAGUGUUUUCAACACAGAAUGAAUAACCAGCAGGCAAAACUUCUAUGCAGUUUUCAGUCACUGUUAGUCUCUUCCAUAAGACGAAACAAGGUUGGGUAAAGCCCUUUUUGCUUGCAACAAGACAAUUGGCAGGAACCAAGACACUGCACUUCUUUUGGAUUUGAUAGCUCAUUUCUUUGUUAACUUUCUCCCUGCUGCCUAACCCUAUAACCAAUCCAAGUUUGGUGCCAAACAGUCACCUUAGAAGGCUGAAGAUUCAAGAAGUAUUAUUGCAAAGACAUGAUUUUGAUUUAAUUUGCCACAAGCCUUUAAAAGAUUAUUGUUAGAGUUGGUGAGCGUCUUAAGUUUUAAGAGAUUUGAACAAGAAAGAGUCUCAAAAAAAACUUUGCAAAAGUACAGACUGUAGAUUAUUUAAUGCCUUGAUAGGGCAUGCCCAACAUUUUUGUUGAUUUUGUUUGUCCCCGUCAACCAGUUCACCCAUUAUUGUUUUUUGUUGGCAUCAUGCCUCUAUAAAAGUCAAGGUGGGAUUAUAGAUAGAAUACCUUAACUUGCAUGACAUAGCUAAGACUGGUAAGAGGUUGUAGCUAGUAUUAUCCCAAGCACGUAUUUUCCUGGUUCUGUUUUAAACCACUAUAAAAAACUUAUCACUUUCUAGAUCAAAGAAAAGCCCGUCCCAGUUGACUGAUACGACAUCAGUGGACAUGAGGUAGCGCCCUCCCACGUCUAUCCGUGUGUUUGUGACAGAGGGAGGUGUGGUGUCGAUCGUUAACCCUGCUGAUGUGGCUGUUGUUUGGGGUCCAACAUGAUCAGUUGCUGGAAAACAUUGGUCAAACAUAAGUAUACGUCCUUGAAAUAAAUGAAGAAAAACAUUUGUAAAGUGUUGCACUCUGUGAAAUCUAGUGGUGUAAAAGAAUGUUUGCAUGUUAAGUCACUACUUAACGUUAUAUCUUUAGUUAAAUUUAAUAUAACACUCAACUCAUGAAGUUUGGAAACCUACAUUUGAUCAAUCAGAUCAGAUUAUGUUAACAGUAUAAUAAAGUUCAAUAAACAGAUUUCCAAUGCAAUUCAUAAAGUAUUCACUGAAAUAUCAUCAACUAAAAUCAAGUUUCCAAACAAUUUGCAUUAAGUCCAGACAGCCAUGUUGGAAGGCUGCGAUCCAAGAUGGCGUUACGUACCUCUCACAGAAGCGUAGUAUGUGUGUCCGCUCUGAAGCAACAACCCACGAACAACCACGUGAUUGGUCAGCCCAACAUCCACAAACUGACGGACAUCCAUCACUCCUAGGGAGGUCCCUGGAAACACAGUGACAAAGUGUUAAAAUUCUAUCAUUCUAUUCUA